AUGGCUAUCUCCGAGGAUUCUUUACCAUAUGGAGAUGGUUCAACAAAAAUAUUUGGAAUGGAAAAUUUUGGAAACACAUGCUAUUGUAACUCAAUUUUGCAAUGUCUUUAUUACACAGAUACGUUUAGAAAGAAAUUGAUUCAACAUAAUCAGACUAAGCAUGAACCCAAGUUGGACGUAAAAGGUAUUAGAUAUCAUGGUUUUACCGCUAAAUAUGAUCAGUUAUUGCAGAAAAAAUUAAAAGAUCAAGGUGGAGCUACUACUUCAAAUAGUGAUGAAAGGCCAAAAAGUAGUCGUAAAAGCUCUUUGUUUGGGAUUAAGUUUAACAAUCAAACGAAUGUAUCGACAACCGUAUCUGAAAUGAAAAAUCAAUACAUUACCGAAGCAGGUAAUUGUGAUUCACUAUCCUUGGAACAAAGAAUAUUAAUAAGCAAAAGCCCUGAAUUUUCAAAAUUGGAAAUGAUGAUUACAAAACCGAGUAUGAAUCCAGUUUCCAAAUCCACAAACAACGGAAAUAUUUCAAUUACGAAUAAUAAUAAUAGUGUCAAUACAACAGACCAUUCACAGAGUUCUUCAAUGCUUUUAAAUGAUCAACCUCUACAAACAAUACAAGAAGGAUCAGUCAACACCAAAUCAAGUGCAAUAAUUGUGGGUAUACCUAAACCAGAAACAAAUUUAGUCACACCAAUCAAUCCUUUCAAUAACAACCCAAGUUCCGAUCAAAGAAAACGAUCAGCAUUAAUUAACGGUCCCAUUAUAAACUUAGAUACGGCGUUGCAAUUACCUAGUGAGCAGACUGAAGAUACUUGUUUAUUAUACGCACUUAGGGAUCUUUUUGAAACCAUGAUAGAAAACAAAUCAACAAUAGGAGUAGUAUCUCCUAAUUAUUUCAUAACUACUUUGAAGGAAAAAAACUAUUUAUUUCGACAAAAUAAUAUGCAUCAUGAUGCUCAUGAGUUUUUUAAUUACUUAACUAAUGAAAUCAUUGAAAGCUUGAACAAGGAAUUAGGUGAGGGACAAAAUUGGUGUAAUGACAUUUUUCAAGGUUUAAUAACUAAUGAAACUAAAUGUUUAUCAUGUGAAACAGUAACUUCUAAGCAUGAAAAUUUUUUGGACUUGUCCAUUGAUGUUCCACCUGGUGAGGGCUCGUACUCGUUAAAUUUUGCUAUAAACAAUUUUUCAAAGUCUGAAACAUUAACAAAUCAAAACAAAUUCCAUUGUAACACCUGCUCAUCAUUGCAAGAGGCAGUAAAAAACAUUAAAGUUAAAAAAUUACCAGAAGUUUUAGUGAUCAAUUUAAAAAGGUUUAAAUACGAUGAACAAAUUGAUAAGAUGGUUAAAUUAUUUGAUUCAAUAAGUUAUCCAUUCAAAUUACGAUUGUUUAAUACCACAGAUGAUUUUAAUCGAAAUGUUUUAUAUGACUUAUAUGCACUAGUCAUUCAUAUUGGUGGAGGUCCAAUGCAUGGUCAUUACGUGUCUAUUUGUAAAAUCAAAGCAGGACUUUGGUUAUUAUUUGAUGACGAGACUGUUGAAUUAGUUGAAGACAACUAUGUGAUGAGGUUUUUUGGCAAUGGUCCUGGAUUAGCUAGCUCCUAUAUUUUGUUCUAUCAAAAAAUUGAAUUCGAUGAGAAAUGUGAAUAUUUUGGUUUCGACCCUUCAAGUAUUUAUAGAGGAGAUGAUUACACAUUAACUGCAAAAGAAGAACUCAAAGCUCCUGCAGCGGCAGAAUCAGAAACCAAAUCUGAAAUGUCAUCCAUCAAUUCAUUCAAUCCAUUAGAUACACCUUCAGCUGGAACUCAACUAAAUGUACCACAACCUCCAAAGAAACCGCCAUUAACAACUGGUGGAAUGUUCAGAUCUUUUAAAUUUGAGAAAAAUAAUAAUACCGAAGAUAAACCACAACAUUCAUUAUCCAGAAGCAGUAGUAAUGGUACAAUACCCAAGAAGGAAGUGGAACAACCUACAAAAGAGAAAAAAUCAUGGGUUGGUUCAUUGAAAAGAACAGGACUAGAAAGAAAACUUUCAUCCAAAACUACAGCUGGAACAUCAUAUAACGAUUUGAACGGAAAUACCCCAAAUUCUUCAGUUAAUGACAGUUCCUCACCAUCAAUGCCUCCUCAACAACCUCCACCACCUUUAGAGAAAAGGAAAAGUUUAUUUGGUUUCAAAAAGAAAAAUUAG